ACGUAGGGACUAGUUUUUUUUGGCCUUUCACCCCUGAUUGCGUCAUUUAGGUCAUUGGGUACGCAGUCGUUUAACGAGUUUACGAGUGUGUGUGUUUACGAUGGAUUAUUAUAAUAUUAUGAAUGUUUAAAACACAGUGUUUGGAUAUAAAACUGGAAUGAAACUGAAUGAAAGUUAAGGCGAGAACAGCGUAUUUACUGUUACUUAUAUUUCACCUGACGCGAUAUUCAAAUGCGCAGACUGAUACCAUCGUCGACAAAACAGUUGUUCCAGACAACACAACAGCUGGAUUUGACAUAAUUAAGUCCCUGUGGAUUAGAACGCAAAAUGGUUCGACAUUUCUGAUGAUUCGGAGUAGUGCUACAGGCGACAAUGCGACUUCUUCGGAUCGGGCCAUUGACUUGUUAAACGCAUUUCGUUCAUUCAGUCUUUACUUUAAAUACGUCAUUGUACCUGGAUUUAUAACGAACCCUAUCUCAUUCGCUUUAUCGCUUCAAGUGAAACCGUUCGAAAAGACGGAACUGUAUAUAGCUGUAUUAAGCAUUGCAGAUUUUAGUGCAUGUGUGCUGCGGUUCAGCCAAUUUUAUCUCUAUGAGAUCGGUUUUAAUUGGACAGAAUACAUAUGUCGUGGAUCACAGUAUUUGUCGAAUACAUCAAGCAUGCUUUCAAAUUAUAUAAUACUUUGCUGGACGUUUGAAAGGACAAUUGCAGUUACAUUUCCAUUGAUGUUUAAUAUAUGGUUUUCUUUCAGAAAGGUUAUAAUUUUGUUAAGUAUAGUAUGUGUUUUAUGCUUCUUAAUAUCGGUCCCACAUUUGACUGAAUUUACCGCAGCGCCUACUCUGCACCACCCUUUUACAGUCGUGUGUUAUCCCUCGCAUUUGUUUUCAACUUUCUGGGCACCGUUUUCAAUGGUAUAUCGUGUCAUUGUUCCAUUGUUGUUUAUUAUUGUAUGUAAUAUAGUAAUUAUUCAAAGGUUAACAAAACGUAAUCACUCACGGAUUCAGCUAACAGCCCAAAACUCAAUAAGUAAGAAAAAUCGCUUAUUAACCAUUACACUGAUCUCAGUUUGUGUUAUAUUUGUAAUUCUCCACAUACCUUACAUUGUCUCCUUGAUGUACUUGUCCGUGUUUCCGGACCUGUUAGUCAAUAGUUCAGACCCGAGAAGAAGAGUAGAGUCUGUGUUUUUACACUUCGGUGCUUUGGUAGUUGUUACUAUUCAAAACUGGAUCAAUAUUUUCGUGUAUAUUUUAACUGGUACAAAAUAUCGUCAGGCAUUCAAAAACCUUUUCAAGUUUCAUGUCAGAUGUUCAAUGAUAACUCAUGGUACGUCGGUAACUCAAACCAGAACGAAUAACACUAGAAACACCGAUCCUUUGCGGGUUGCGACUGUUUGACAGAUUUAACCAACCUUGUGCAAAAAAAUUAUUACAAACAGCAACAUUAUGUAACCCAUAUGUUUUGAAUUAUAAAAAUUGUUAUAAACAUUGAUCUGCUUAAAAGAAAGAUGUAUUCAUGGUGUGCGCGCUUAUCAAAAUCUGCAGUGACACAUAAGUUUCAAACUUAAGUGAGACAUACUAAGACUAAAUGUAGGACUCUCACUGGUUCCUACAAACGUCUUAUGUUAAUCGUUUUAAACUGUUUCGAAACAAUUUAGAUCGAAUAGUAAUCAUGAUUUAAAACGCGUUCUGAAAAAACGGGGCUUAAUGCAUGUGCGUAAAGUGUCAUCCCAGAUUUGCAUGUGCAGUACGAAGAGGCU